AAUUUAUAUGAAAAAAUAGCAACUCCGUAAUUUCAUUUUUCUGAUUCUGUGUGGUCCUAAACUAAACAAAAUAAUUUAUUAACAAAGUGAAAUCGUUUUCUGUUAUAAAAUCCCUUGUUUAUUUGCAUAAAUAGUGCCAAUAUUAAUAAUAAGAAGGGUGCGUGUAAUUGCAUACGCAUGUAGAUUCCGUGUCGUUUUGGUGCAACAACUCGAGUUCGGGAAACAGCACGUCAACUUUCGCAGAUCAAGCUGACGAACUGAACUGCAACAAUGAUGGACUCGGACGGGUCCGGUGCGGACUUCUGUCGGUUCUGCAGGUCGGAGGCGUCAUCCGACCGGCCUUUGUUCCACCCCUGUAUAUGCACUGGUUCGAUAAAGUGGAUCCAUCAAGAGUGCCUGGUACAAUGGAUGCGAUAUUCGCGGAAGGAAAUCUGCGAGUUGUGCGGGCACCGUUUCUCGUUUAUGCCGAUUUAUUCCCCAGAUAUGCCGCGCCGGCUUCCUAUUAAGGACGUGGUUGGAGGAUUGGUUACCUCUGUGGCAUCUGCUGUAAAAGAUUGGCUGCAUUACACUCUGGUUGCAUUGGCUUGGCUGGGAAUAGUGCCUCUGACUGCCUGUCGAACGUACCGAUGCUUAUUCUCGGGAUCGUUAGAGCCGGUGAUAUCUCUGCCAUUUGAUAUAGUAUCAGCUGAGAACCUUGCUAAAGAUGUCUUCUCUGGCUGUUUUGUCGUGACGUGUACUUUGUUCUCAUUCAUCGGAUUAGUAUGGUUGCGAGAGCAGAUCAUGCACGGCGGUGGUCCUGAUUGGAUGGAAAGGGAAAACCUGCCUGCUCCGGCUGCUGAGGACUUACCUUUACAAGAUAAUAAUAAUGAUCAUGUGAACGAAGGUGCAGGGGAUGAUGGCGGGGCGAGAGAAGAGGCCAACGGUGAAGGGGGUGAUGAUCCUUUAGUGGGAGAUGAAGCAAAUUGGAAUCCAAUGGAAUGGGACCGAGCUGCAGCUGAAGAAUUGACCUGGGCACGUUUACUUGGCUUAGAUGGCUCCAUGGUGUUUUUGGAACAUGUUUUCUGGGUUGUGUCCCUAAACACCUUAUUUAUUGUCGUGUUUGCCUUCUGUCCGUACCAUAUUGGCAAACUUGGGGCAGCAUUGGCCGGUUUGGCAGCAGAAGGUCCAUUUGCCGGCUUGCUAACUGCAUUAGCGGGAUAUGUGAUUGUUGGAGCUAUCCUGGCAGUUUUACAUGGACUGGCAUCUUUACUGCGAUUGAGGAGUGCUAAGAAAGCACUGGGUUUCUGCUAUGUGGUGGUUAAAGUUGCCUUGCUGUCUGUAGUUGAGAUUGGAGUGAUACCCCUAGUCUGCGGUUGGUGGUUGGACCUCUGCUCUCUCUCAAUGUUCGACGCCACCCUCAAGGAUAGAGAGUCGAGUCUCCAAGCUGCCCCCUGGACUCUCAUGUUCAUACACUGGCUUGUUGGAAUGGUCUACGUGUAUUACUUCGCAUCCUUCAUUUUGCUACUCAGAGAGGUUCUCAGACCAGGGGUUUUGUGGUUCUUGAAGAAUUUGAAUGAUCCGGAUUUUAGCCCUGUGCAGGAAAUGAUCCAUCUACCAGUAUGGUCUCACAUACGUCGGCUCGUGGUGUCUGCUAUGGUAUUCGGUACGGCUGUACUCUUCAUGCUGUGGCUGCCUAUCAGGGUGAUCAAAUACGUCUUGCCUGGAUUCUUGCCGUACGCUGUGGCCGUCCAUACUGAGGCACCUGUGAAUGAGCUCAGUUUGGAAUUGCUGUUGUUGCAAGUGAUCCUUCCAGCACUUCUAGAACAAUCUCACACACGUACAUGGCUGAAGGCAGGGCUCCGCGCGUGGUGCGCCUGCGCGGCCGGAGCCCUGGGGCUGCGCUCGUAUUUGUUAGGCGAGGCCUCGAGGGACAACGAGCCUAAUCCCCAGCCACAUCCACCGCAUCAAUUGGGGGCUGCUCAUCGGGCGCUGAUGUGGCGUGACGGGCCGGCCGGGUUCGAGCCGUACGUGCGAGUGUCGUGGUUCCCCGUGCGGUUGGGAGCUCUGCUGGCGUUGGUGUCUGUUUCACUCGUCAUGGCCAGCGCGCUUACUCUUGUUAUACCAGUGGCUAUAGGGAGAAAAGUCAUGGCACUAUGGUUACCGAAGGCAUCGGAAGGUGUCCAUGAACUGUACACGGCAGCAUGCGGAAUGUACGUCUGUUGGGCGGCGGGGCGGGGCGGAGCACUAGCGGCAGGCUGGGCGCAGGGUGGCAGGGCUGCUCUACUGGCUCGGGCUGCGCUGUGGACCCGACGUGCGGCCAGGGCUGCGCUAGCGGCUUUAGCAUUGCUGGGACUCGUGCCGCUUAUGUUCGGCUUGCUAUUGGAACUGGUGCUAGUAAUUCCACUCCGGGUGCCGCUAGAACAAUCGCCAGUAUUAUUCGUAUGGCAAGAUUGGGCCCUCGGAGUCCUAUAUACGAAGAUAGUCUGUGCUCUCACUAUGAUGGGCCCGGAUUGGAGUAUGCGACGGGCCAUUGAGAAGGCGUAUAGAGAUGGCAUUCGGGAGAUGGAUCUCAAGUUUAUACUGCGCGAGGUGGCGGCACCGUUAGUGCGAUGGCUGGGCCUUGCGCUGGCGGUGCCCUACGCGCUCGCGCACAGCGUGGCGCCGCUCGUGGUGACUGCGCCGGCGCAGCGCAACUUGCUGGCGCGCCGGGUGUACCCUGCUCUGCUGCUGCUGGCCAUGCUCGCCGGCCUCGCGCUCUUCCAGAUACGUCAAUUCCGCAAACUGUACGAGCACAUAAAGAACGACAAAUACCUCGUCGGGCAAAGGCUCGUCAACUACGACCAUCGGCGGCACAAACAACAACAACAACAGCAAAACACCGUCGCCUCCAACUAGGGAGAGAGAUAGCAGAUAAUGGUGGCCGAGCGUGCGACAGAGACAGGCUUGUUCCCCUUCUAUGCACUUGUGCGACUAGAUUUUAAGGUAACUUUUGCAGGCCGGUCGCGUAUUUGAUGUCCGAUCCGAUUAUUGUAAAUCGAUUACUUUUUCGACAUGAUUUCUUUAGAAGAUACUCCCAUGACUAAGAAAUAUUUUUCAGAAAUUCUACCCGAGCAAAGCCAGGUGGAAACUUGUCGAUAAAUAUAAUCGGAUCCGACAGUAGGAUGUUUGCGGUUGGCCUUAGUCUAAUUUUACCACGGCUUGGAGAAUUACGUUCGAUAAUUUUUGUGGGUUCAUAACUUCCUAAUGAUUGUAUAAAAUGUGAUAAAGGAAUAAAUGAUUGAUAAAAACUAAAUAAAGCAAUAUUAAAUAUUGUAAAUUAGUGUCAUUUCUUUCCUAACUUGAAGCACUCGUUCAUCGGAAAUUUUCUCUUUCUGUGUGGCUAUGAUUCCGAAAAACUCAGGUUUGAGGUCGGCGGUAAAUAUCAGAGAUCGUCUGUCAGAAAACUUUCUGUUGCAUUAACUCUGCGAGGAUCAGAAACAUACGUUUGAACCGCCAACCUUUCUGAUUACAGUCCGCUCCUAUAACCGUUGAGCUAUUGAGGCUUAAUUUGUUUAAAAUAUUACUGAGUUUUUCGAGAUCACAGUCAUCAUAUCGAUGAAUAUUAAAAUUAUUAACAGGUAAUGAAAGAAUGUAAAAGUAUUUGUGAAAUAUUUUGAUAAACACGCUGGUCUUCUUAAUUCCGUUGUUUUGUUAAGUAGGUUAUACUCAAUUUAUUUAUAUAUGCUCAAUCCAAUGUUUUUGUCUUCUAUUAUUUAAACAGUUUUUUGAAGUCGACAAAAUUAAUCUAUGCCUUUUAUUUUCCAAAAUAGACCGAGUAAAGCUAGAAAAAAAUAGAGAAAUAUUACUUAACAACAAGAAACAUUGUAAUUUGUUUGAUAAAUAUUAUGUUAAUAUUUUGAAACGUAUUUUGUCUAGAUGUUUAGGUCUAUAAUAGCGAUAUACCUAUAUUAAGUCUCUAGCCCAGUCUUUCGCCUUUUCUGUUUUAAAUAAUAAUAUGGUUUGUGAAUUAUUUUUUUAUUAAUUUCGUUUAAAAAUUGUUUUUGUUGAUAUUAUAAUAUUAUACGUUUCUUUAUAAAAUAUUGCGUUCGUUUAGAAAUAGGAAAAUUGUUUAUAGCUUUUGGUUUAAAAAACUACGUUUCUUUAUAAAAUAUUGCGUUCGUUUAGAAAUAAGAAAAUUGUUUAUAGCUUUUGGUUUAAAAAAACAUGUUUUAUUUUAUUUUUAAAACUGUUUUUUCGUCGAAAAGGUGAAAGAAUUUCGUGCAUAUACUGAUCUUAAUUUUAUGUAUGUAAAUAUUCUUCGUAUUUUUAUUAAACUGUAAAUGCUAGAAUCGGUUGCGGAGAAAGGAGUUGUUGUGGAUAGAUAGAUGUAGAGGAAGGGAAUACUAAUUUGUAAAUCAAUAAAAGAUUUAUUUCA